UGUACCGGUGCCGGGCGGACAGCGCGGCCGGCUCGGCCGCCAGCCAUAACGCCACGCUCGCCGUUGCAGCUUUGCGGGACGAAUUUCGCCAAUCUCCAAGGGAUGUGAAAGCUGUCCAAGGCGACGACGUCACGCUGAGAUGUGACCCACCGCGAGGUCAUCCAAAGGUCACCACAGUCUGGCUGAAAGAUGGUGACUCGCUGCAGCUGCCCAUGGGAAACAGGGUGCGGACGGAGCGGUCGAAUCUGGUCAUCUCGGACGUCCGACCGUCAGACGACGGCCGGUACGUCUGUCAGGCGUCCAACGUCCUGGGAGUGCGCCGCUCCCGGCCCGCCAAGCUGGUCGUCCUCGUGCGGCCGUUCUUCGUGCUGCGUCCAUCGCCGGGCCGGGGCCUGGCCGGCGGCUCGCUCCUGCUGCCGUGCCGGGUGGGGGGUUCGCCGCGACCCCGCGUGCACUGGCGCCGCACGGACGGACCGCUGCCGGUCGGCCGGCUCCACUACACCGAGGACAACAGCAUGCGGAUAGACGGCCUGCGGUCCUCGGACGCCGGCCAGUACAGCUGCGAGGCGGAGAAUGAGGCGGGUAGGGUGUCCGCCGCCGUCACGGUCGAGGUCCAAGUGGCCCCCAGCGUGGACAUGCCGCGGCGAGCGGCCGUCACGCUGGGCUCCCAGGUGGCGCUCAAGUGCCAGGUCAGGGGUCAGCCCGCGCCGCGCGCCGUCUGGUGGAAGGAGGCCCAGUUUGACCCGCUGCUGGCGGAUCAGGAGCGGGGCAGGAUCACCACCUCGGUGCAGAAUGACCUGUACAUCUCGCCCGUAACGUCGGCCGACCUGGGCUGGUGGGUGUGCGCCGCCGCCAGCGCCGCCGGCUCCUUCUCGGGCCGCGUGCUGCUCCACACGGGCCGGGUCAAGGUCCCGCCCGGGUCGGCGAGUGGCCGCAGCGGCCCGACCGACGACCUUGUCCACUUGGAGGAGGUCCGGUUGUUGGACGGCACUUCCGUUCGUCUGUCGUGGAAGACGUCGGACCGGCGUCCGGUUGACGGCUUCUACAUCUGCUACAUCCGCCGUCCGGCGGCCGAUGGCGAGGCGACAUCGGCCGCCCCCGCCGUGCAGAAGGUCACCGUGCUGAACGGCGGUGCCGACAGCUACGUACUGACGGGGCUACGGCCGGGCGCAGCGUACGAGUUCUUCCUGGUGCCAUUCGGCGGCGGGCGCGAAGGCCGCCUGAGCCGCCUCCGGCGCGCCCAGCUGCCAGAGGCCGGUGAGCAAAGCGUUGGGAUGGGCAAGUUCCUCGGAGAGCGUAGUCAGGGGAAGUUUGCGGGACUUUGCUCACGGUGCUGA